AGAAAUUCGGUAGCUGUCACUUGUCCUUUGGUAAUAUGUCGUUAUUCUGCCCUUCCUCUGCGCCCCUCUUGGUGCCUCCCCGUUUAGGCGCUGAAUGUAAAGUGGGUGUGGAACUGUGCGUGCAAGUGGACGCAACUAAACCUGCACAAUGAUCGGGGAUUUAAACGCAAGCGCGCACAGGACAGACGAUUGAAACAAAAGCCUGUUAAAAUUUAAAGAAGCUGUUCACAGCUCCCGAAGUUCGUCGACCUGAAUGGCCAUGCAAAGUCUGAGUGAAGCCGGGGAAAGAGUUUCGGUCGCCUGUCCGCGUGCGCAAGUCCUGAGCCGAAGAGCGCACGCUUUCUCUGUGGAGGCUUUGGUGGGAAGCAGCUGCAAGAGGAUGAAAGUAGAAAAGGCGAAGGAUGAGAAGAUAAAGGCAAGUGUCUGCAACUUGGCAGCAUCGACUGGGACUGUAAUGGAUGAAGGAGAGGACAGCGAGGAUCAAAUCAAGAAAACUAUUCAGACGGCAAGCAAACCUGCUGAGGACAAAACCCACUCAGACUCACAGAUUCAAGUAGAACUGCAAGGGUCCGAUCUGUGGCGCAGAUUUCACGAGAUUGGAACAGAGAUGAUCAUCACCAAAGCGGGCAGGCGAAUGUUUCCAUCUAUCCGAGUGAAAGUGAGGAACCUGGACCCAUUCAAACAAUACUACAUCGCCAUGGACAUCAAGCUUGUGGAUUCAAAGAGAUAUAGGUAUGUGUACCACAGUUCCCAGUGGAUGGUGGCUGGAAACACAGAUCACUCGUUCAUCACCCCGCGGCUUUACAUACACCCGGACUCGCCAUGUUCCGGAGAGACAUGGAUGCGCCAAGUGAUCAGCUUCGACCGGGUGAAAUUAACAAACAACGAAAUGGACGACAAAGGCCAUAUCAUCCUGCAGUCCAUGCACAAGUACAAGCCGCGCGUGCACGUUGUUGUGCAUGAGCCAUCCUUGGACGUGUCGCAAAUCGCUGCGCUCCCGAUUGAAGGCGUGUGCACCUUCUCCUUCCCCGAGACCCAAUUCACAACCGUUACAGCUUACCAAAACCAACAGAUAACAAAAUUGAAGAUUGACCGAAACCCCUUUGCAAAGGGUUUUAGAGACCCAGGAAGAAACAGGGGUGUAUUAGAUGGUGUGCUGGACUCUUACCCAUGGCGAAAUUCACUGGGCCUCAAUUUGAAACCAUUUAAUCUGGAGUUGCAAGGUGAAAAUUUUGGGUCAUCUGAGAGCUGUGCUGACAUUUCCCUUCUGAAAAGGCACUUGACACACUCCAGUUCCUUGCUUUCCCAUUCGUUCACCCUCUCUGGGCCUGACAGUGAUCUACACAGCUUCAGUGUCCCCCUCUGCUCUAAAGUGACCUCUUUAAACACCUCCUUCACAGGCCGACCCCACUACAGUCUCCUACCAGACAGAUUCAGAGGUUACUCAGGGGUACGGCCAUUGAUGGACUACCCCAUACUGUCUCCUCUCCAUGUAAAAAAAAUAGGAGGUUUCAGAGGCCAGUGCCUCCAUAACCACUCCUUGUUUUCCAUCCAGAGCCUUCAGGAGAGUCAAUCCGCAGGAUCUCAGAAAGAAACAUCCCCUCUCAUGUCACCGUAUGGCCUGUACAGCUACAGUUUACCUUUUAGACCACACUUCUCCGGCAUCAGUAGUUCAUCAAAAUCAGCUGACAGCAUACUACUAACAUCACCUGAGAGCCUCCUGUGCAAAACAGCCUGGCAUUCACCUGUCAAUCACUGCCUCUGACCUUGCUUGAUGCUAGAACUGAGCUCAAGAUAAACAUGUCAUUAAUGCGAAAAUAUAGCUGCUGCUACCCCUGCCAUUCAAUUGGGUCAAUGUAAAGUAACACGGAUGCAGUGUGAAGAAGUGUAGCAUAAGAUGAUAUCAUAGUGGAGCCCUAAUAGGGGGAAAAACACUUUUUUUUUUCUAGAGAAAGACGGGAUUGACAGAAUGGUUUCUAUAAAGACAGACCUGUGAUUUGCAGUGGCAAUUUUGUUAUUUUAAGUCAGAACCCUCUGUAUUUUCUGAGAAAAUAUUUUAUUAUGACAUAUUUUGGUAAAUUUUGUAAUAAACAUGUUUGUUCUAAAAUAUACCAAUGAAGGCCUAUAUACGUAUAUGUUUUAUAAUUUUAUAUU